AGAUAUCUCUCUUCUUCUCCAUGGAGAGUCGCUCCUCCCGGUGCCUCAAUCCCCAGCUCCAGGAAGCAGCCAGGAAGAAGCUUUGGGCCCUGGAGAGUGAUGACAGAGAUGUCUGUGCCCUGUUCAAGGAGCUCUCAGCCAGGCUGGUGUGUGUGCAAGCACAGGAGGAUCGAUUCCUCCUCACCUUCAAAACCCUGGAAGAAGUCUGGAAGUUUUCCACAUAUCUGAAUUUAGGGUAUGUGGGCAGGUGCUUGGAGCAGCUUCUCUUUGGCCAGGAGUACUGGCUGAACUGUGCCCUGGUGGAGGACACGGAGGUCAGAGUCACUGUGGAUGAAGAUCAUUUGGCCACCAUAUACAUGGGACUGCUGCUGCAGGAAGGUCACUUUUUCUCCAGAGCAGUGCCUGGUGUCUGGAAGGCAGAGCAGGAGGGAGAGAAAGGCCUGAAGCUCUGCAAGAAUGAGCUGAUCCAUGUGAAGGGUGUUGAGUCCAAACGGGAAGGGAUGUCCUUACUGACAGGUCAACGAGGCAUGGUGACCAUGGCAGCUCUAGAGCCAAUUCCUCGCCCUUUUCACCAGUGGUUCCUGAAGAAUUAUUCUGUGAGUUUUGGCAUCUCCCAGGAGAUCAGUGGCACAACUCAGCCAAUUGUCAAAGGCAGGUGCAGAGCCACGGAGGACCACAGAGGAGCAGCAUGGGAUGAACUGAGCUUCUCCAAAGGAGACAGCAUAGAAGUCAUUGGCUUCUUCGUUCCAGGACUGCCAUGGUUCAUGGGCAGAUCCCUCAGCAGUGGCAGCAUUGGCUUUGUCCCAACCCAGCACAUAAAUCCUGAGGCUUGGGAACCUCUGGGAAAGGAUUUGGUGUUCCUGAGUGAAGAAGAAAAGUCUCCUUUUCUGCACAUCCCCUGCAAUGGUGAUGAACAGCACUUCAUCUCUCUCCUUGGGGACCUGGCACACACUGAUAUCACCUCUGUGUACCGCCUGGAUGGCUUUGAACCUACAGCCAUGUUCCCCAGAGUGCCACCAGAGGCUGUUCUCCAUGCCAGUAAAGAUCUCCAACUGCUCCAGUCCUGGGAGGAAAUAAAUGAGUUGGCUACAACUAGCACCUCAGAGAUGUCUAGCCCAGGGAGUGAAUCAACCCCUGCUACAUUGGAAGAUGUUCUCCUGGAGAAGCUGGAUGACUUGGAUUAUCCCAAGUUCUUUAUUGACCUCAAUGCUGGACACAUGGAAGAUGCUGAUGUCUUUGACCCUAUAUUGACCUUCCUUAACCAGGACAGUUAUGUGCCCAGUUUCCAAAGCCUCUAUGAUCUCAGCUUUUCCUUUCUCCACUCCACUUUCUAUGGUUUCUCUGAUGAGGAUGAACUGGUCCUUUACCUUGAGACCUCCAGGAACUGGGCCAAGAGAACUCGUUCGGUUUGGGCUCAUGUCAGGCUCUGUUUCCUCUUGGGUAAACUCUGCAUCAAAAAGGUCAAGUUCUCCCAAGCUCGAGUCUACUUUGAGGAAGCUCUGACUGUCCUGGACAAGGGGUUUGGGGACCUGCCCCUCUUGGCUGCAUUGCAUGUCAACCUUGCGUCCAUCUACUUGAAGCAGAACAUGAAACUCAAGUUCUCCUCCCUGCUGGGAAAGAUGGUGACCUUGCUUGUGUGCUUGCCUGGUCGCUCCUUCAGCUCUGAGCACGAGGCUGAUGUUCUGAUAUACAUCCUGAGGGAAGCCAUAGCUGUGGGCAAUGCUCCCCUGGAGGCACGAGUUUGCUUCCUCAUUGUCAAGCUCUUCCUCCAGCUGGGCAAAACUGAGGAAGUGUUGCCCUUUGCUGAGCAUCUGCAGUGUCUCAGCAGCACUUUGGUCAGCCCAGACACCAGUUGUGUGCCACUGGAUGCCACCUUGAGCUACCUAUAUGACAAGAAGUACCUGCCCAACAUUGCAGUGGCCUCUGCCAGGUUGGUUGCUCCCAGUGGCACCAAGGGGACACCAACACCCAUCUGGAGAGCUGGUUUCAUCCUCCAAAAUGCUUCCAAACUCCUGGGAAGCCACGUGGAGAGGAGCAGCAUCCCAGCACUGGCUUGUUUCUAUCUCAAACAGGCACUGCGGUUCUGCUGUGAGACCAGAGCUGUGCCCACCCAGAGGACACUCUGUGCCAUCAUCUCCAGGAUGUACCUCCAGCAUGGGAUGUUGGAUGGGGCAGUUUGUUACGCAGCCAGAGCUGUAACCCUCAGCAGAAUGAUGGGUGAGGAGGAGGCUUUUGAGUCCUCCCUCUCUCUGGGAUGGAUGUACCUCCUGCAGAAGCAGCCAGGCCCAGCUUUGGACAUCCUGUGGCAGCUCCUGAGGUCCCUGCAUGGGACAGACAGUGUGACUCAGGGUGGAGCUGUGCACAACCUCUUAGCCAUUGCCCUCAAGGAAGAAGGGCAGGUGCAAGCAGCUGCAGAGAACUUCCUCUGGGCCCUGCACAAGGCCAAGGAGACUGGGAACAAGAGGAACCAGGCUCUUGCCCUGGCUAACCUAGGGCAGUUGAGCCUUUCCCAUGGGGCAAGUCAUUUGGCUGAGCUCUACCUGCUCCAGGCAGCUCAGCUCUAUGCUGAGCUCCAGGGCAGUGAAGACCUGGAGAUGGAGCUGGUGCAGGUGCUGCUGUGGCUGGCACAGGCCAUGGUGGACAGGCAGAAGAUGGAAGAUGCCAAGCUCUGCUAUGAACUGGCUUUGGGUUUUGCCCUGAAGUGGCAUAACUUGAGGAGUCAGCUGCACAUCACUGAGGCUCUGUGCCACUUCUACAGCAAAGUGUGCCCUGAUGUCCAGGCCUGCAUCACCUACCACCAGCACUGGGUGUCCUUGGCACAAGAGCUGCAGGACAGGGAGCUGGAGGGCAAUGCCCAGCACACCCUCAGCCAGCUCUACCAGGCUUUGGGCACACCUGAGGCUUUGAGACUGUCCCUGGACUGCACCAAACAGAGUCUACGGAUCUUCAUUGACCUCGAGGAGAGUGUGAAGGCAGCAGAGGCCUGGCUGCAGGCAGGAAGACUCUACUAUCUUAUGCAGGAGGAUGAGCUGGUGGAAAUGUACUUUCAGGCAGCUGUUCAGACUGCUCUGAAGUGGGAGAACCUCUCCUUGGCCAUGGAGCUGUAUGAGAAAGCAGGUGACACCUUCUUUAACGGCAGCCGGAACAGGGAGCGAGCGGUGGAGUUUUACAGGGGAGGUGCUGUGCCCUUGGCCAGAAAGCUAAAGGCCACCAGGACAGAGCUGAGGCUGUUCAACAAGCUGGCAGAGCUGCAGAUCAGGCUGCAGGGCUACGACAAGGCGCUGGAGUUUGCCACGCUGGCAGCCAGGCUCAGCCUCAGGGUUGGAGACCAGAUGCAGGAGCUGGUUGCCUUCCACCGCCUGGCCACAGUCUACUACCUUCUGCACAUGUAUGAGAUGGCAGAAGAUUGCUACCUGAAGACCCUUGCCAUGCAUCCCCCCUUGCUGCAGUGCCCUGCAGAGGCUCUGUACUACUGCAAGGUGUAUUGCCACCUGGGCAACCUGACCCUGCACAAGCUGAAGGAUGAACAGGAUGCAGCAGGUUAUUUCCUACUGGCUCUCGCCGCAGCCACCGAGCUGGGAGACCAGAACCUACAGGACCUCAUCCAUGCCAAGCUGAGUAACAUCCCUGGUGCCCCAGGGGGACCUGAGGGCACCCCAGGCUGUGCCACAUACCGACCCAGGUGGCUGAGUGAAGGUGGCCACAUCGUCUGA